GUUUGUCAUUUGAUCUAUCAGGAAAUCGAAGACGACCUAGCAGAACGCCACAUCGGAUGGCGUGCUGAUACCUGUUUCUUAUCAGCGAAUGGAACGCAGGAUAACUGUCGCACCGAACAAAAUGUUAUCUUUACUUGGACACGCCUUGUACCAUCCCACGCUGGAUCAUCAGACCUCCCCCAACCUCUGCAUUCAUUCUCUCACCAAUGUCCUGUUUCACGUAUUGUGUUGAGUACGAAAGAGAGGGAUUCUUGGAAGAGCGCCGUCUUAAGGGACGCGUAUACUACCGGAAUCGAAAGUUUAGACACGAGGCGCGAUGCAACCCUCAGGAGAUGAACGCUUUAAAGAGAAGAUGAGAAAGCGUGCUGGAGAGAAGCACACUGAAGAGCUGAGAAGGCGUUUAGAAGAGAAGUUGAGAAGGCGUGUUGAAGAACAGAAGGGGAGACGCGCUGAAGAAGAAAACGCUCGAAGGCGGCAGCAGACAUCUGAAGAGACGCAUAAAAGAGCUGAAGGGAAGAAGCAGGAGAAGGAGAAGGAGCGAGACCAGGGCUCCCAGGUGAUUGAGAAGCGAUACAAGGCGAACGAUGAAGAAUGGUCCAAGUUGAAGGGCCAGACAAAAGGAAGCUUGUGCUUCAGCGACAUUCCUUGGCCCACGGUAUUCGAAGCCACUCAUCCAGCAGCCGUCACACCCCUGGCCGUGCGAUCCCUCUUCACAAAUCCCAAGCACGUCGCGGAAAAGCAUUGGCUAUCGCCCAAAAAAGCGGUUUCAUAUGGAGCUCUUGAGGUGGCACACUGACAAGUUCAGCCAAGUGGUGAAAUGCGUGGCAGAGGGGGAUCUCCGAGAUGUGCACAACGCUGCAGAGGUGGUAAUCAGGGUGUUGAAUGAACUGACGGCGAGUCAGUAGUGGGUAUAGCUGUAGAUCGUUUCUUGUCCAUUGUUCUCGGUAGAUCUUAGUACUUGGAAAUAACAUCACUUAUGGUGCUA